AACUCGAGUUGGAAGAGGCGAGUCCGGUCUCAAAAUGGAGGGCCAUGAUCCAAAGGAACCAGAGCAGUUGAGAAAACUGUUUAUUGGUGGUUUGAGCUUUGAAACUAUAGAUGAUAGUUUAAGAGAACAUUUUGAAAAAUGGGGCACACUUACAGAUUGUGUGGUGAUGAGAGACCCCCAAACAAAACGUUCCAGGGGUUUUGGUUUUGUGACUUACUCUUGUGUGGAGGAGGUGGAUGCAGCAAUGUGUGCUCGACCACACAAGGUUGAUGGGCGUGUAGUGGAACCAAAGAGAGCUGUUUCUAGAGAGGAUUCUGUAAAGCCUGGUGCCCAUCUAAGUGUGAAGAAAAUUUUUGUCGGUGGUAUUAAAGAAGAUACAGAAGAAUAUAAUUUGAGAGACUACUUUGAAAAGUAUGGCAAGAUUGAAACCAUAGAAGUUAUGGAGGACAGGCAGAGUGGAAAAAAGAGAGGAUUUGCUUUUGUAACUUUUGAUGAUCAUGAUACAGUUGAUAAAAUUGUUGUUCAGAAAUACCACACUAUUAAUGGGCAUAAUUGUGAAGUGAAAAAGGCCGUUUCUAAACAAGAAAUGCAGUCUGCUGGAUCGCAAAGAGGUCGUGGAGGUGGAUCUGGCAACUUUAUGGGUCGUGGAGGAAACUUUGGAGGUGGUGGUAACUUUGGCCGCGGUGGAAACUCUGGUGGAAGAGGAGGCUAUGGUGGUGGAGGUGGUGGCAGCAGGGGUAGUUAUGGAGGAGGUGAUGGUGGAUAUAAUGGAUUUGGAGGUGAUGGUGGCAACUAUGGUGGUGGUCCUGGUUAUAGUAGCAGAGGAGGCUAUGGUGGAGGUGGACCAGGAUAUGGAAACCAAGGAGGUGGAUAUGGUGGCGGUGGUGGAGGAUAUGAUGGUUACGAUGAAGGAGGAAAUUUUGGAGGUGGUAACUAUGGUGGUGGUGGGAACUAUAAUGAUUUUGGAAAUUAUAGUGGACAACAGCAAUCAAAUUAUGGACCCAUGAAGGGGGGCAGUUUUGGUGGAAGAAGCUCGGGCAGUCCCUAUGGUGGUGGUUAUGGAUCUGGUGGUGAAGUGGUGGAUAUGGUAGCAGAAGGUUCUAAAAAUUUUCAGAAGAAAAGGGCUACAGUUCUUAUCAGGAGAGAGAGCGAUGAGUUGUCAGGAAAGCUGCAGGUUACUUUGAGACAGUCGUCCCAAAUGCAUUAGAGGAACUGUAAAAAUCUGCCACAGAAGGAACGAUGAUCCAUAGUCAGAAAAGUUACUGCAGCUUAACCAGGAAACCCUUCUUGUUCAGGACUGUCAUAGCCACAGUUUGCAAAAAGUGCAGCUAUUGAUUAAUGCAAUGUAGUGUCAAUUAGAUGUACAUUCCUGAGGUCUUUUAUCUGUUGUAGCUUUUUCUUUUUCUUUUCAUUACAUCAGGUAUAUUGCCCUGUAAAUUGUGGUAGUGGUACCAGGAAUAAAAAAUUAAGGAAUUUUUAA